AUAUUCAAUUUUCUAUUUGAUUUAUUUGAUCGAAGUUUCUAACUUACACGGAUAUUUUUGGUAGUGAACUGUGCACACACAAGCCGAAACCAAAAAGACGAACGCCACUCCCUCCUCCACUCCCCAACCGAACCACCACCGUCAAUGGCGACCUCUUUCAAUCCACCAAUCGCCUUUCGCUUCCUCAAAUCUCCACUUUCCUCUUUUCCCUUAUCACCAUCCUCACUUCCCCAAUCGCAUUGCACCUUCAAAUUCCCAACCACUCGCUGCCGUUACUCAUCUCUUGAAGUUAAAGAUGUUAGUUAUCAACCUCCAGGGACUCAGCUUAACCUUCUCAAUUCGGUUAGUUUUUCGCUUCCGGAGAAAAGUUUUGGUCUAAUUUUUGGACAGAGUGGAAGCGGAAAAACAACACUAUUGCAGCUUCUUGCUGGAAUAAGCAAACCAACAUCUGGAUCUAUUUACAUCCAAAAAUAUGGGGAUGAUGGAAAUCCUAGUCAAUCUCCGGAGCCAUUGGUGCCAGAAAGGGUCGGUAUUGUCUUCCAGUUUCCAGAGAGGUAUUUUGUUGCUGAUACUGUACUUGAAGAAGUCACUUUUGGGUGGCCAAGGCAAAAGGGUAAUGAUCAAUUAAGGGAGAAACUUGCUCUAGGGCUUCAGAGGGCAAUUAACUGGGUUGGAUUAAGUGGGAUAUCAUUGGAUAAGAAUCCUCACUCCCUCAGCGGUGGUUACAAACGUCGCCUUGCCUUGGCCAUACAGUUAGUGCAAGUCCCUGAUUUAUUAAUACUGGACGAGCCUCUUGCUGGACUUGAUUGGAAAGCGCGUGCAGAUGUUGUGAAGCUUUUAAAGCAUCUAAAAAAAGAAUUAACUGUACUAGUUGUCAGCCAUGACUUGAGAGAGUUUGCGAGUCUAGUUGAUCAAUCAUGGAGGAUGGAAAUGGGUGGCAAUCUUAGACAGGAGUUACUACCAUUAUAAUUUAUAUUUAUUGCCUUGAUAACCAAGAUGGAAUACUAUGAGGUCUGAACCUUAAUCUUAAGUUUUUGAUGUAUUUUCUACUUCACCUUUAGCGCAGGCUUUUGGGAUAUUUGGUCCUUAGAAUAAUUUUUUACUGCCUUGAUAAUUAUAUAAGAACUCUUUUAAAAGAAAAAGUAAUUCUGAUUUUGCAGCUAUCAACAUAUAUAUGAGGUACUCUUUAAUUAGCGUGUAGACAUUGGGGACAUUUAGUCCUUAGAAUGGACUCGGGGCUUGUUUCACGAUAUACUUGUGGGCCUUUACUUUUCCCACACUUCAAGCCAAAGUUAAUUGGGUAAUUUUAGCGAUAAGUUAAAUAAUCCGCAUAAGAUUCUAUUUUCCGUGAUAGGAAGUAACAUCCAAGUAGGAGAGUGUAUGUGAGAAGGAAUAGGAAAGAAGCAAAAUAUCACAGCCUCAAAAUUAUUUGAAACUGGUUAACUAAGUGGACUGACUAUUAUUAAUUGAGAUAGCUGCAUGACUUUUAUUAAUUGAGAUAGGUAAAUAAAAGAGGAGUAAAGAAUGUGAGGUAGGGUAUUAGAUUAAAUUCUGAGUGUGUGGAAGAGGUCAGGACCUCUGAAAUCGUCAGCAAUCAUUUUGUUCAAUUUAUUCUUUUCCCUGAACCAGUUCACACGUUUGGGAAUCAGUUGUCAGUUCUUACCGCUGUAAGUUCUUAUCUACAAAAUGUUUAAUAUCCGAAUACCAUUUCUAAUUUAACCGGUUACUACCUUUACAGCCUUGGUUUAUCAGACAGUAACUUGCAUGCUCUCUUAAAUCCUAGUUUGGAGAGACUUUUAAUGAUGACCUGACAUCAAAUCCUGGGAAUUUCUUCGGAUGGUCUCUAUUGCACGUAAUUUGUUAUGAACAAUCGUUCACAUUCAUCUUUCUUUUAGUUUUUUUACCUAACAUUUAAAUGUCACCAUAUUGAUGCAUUAAUCUCUCAAGUUUGACUGCAGAGGGCCUAUAUUUACCUCACAUGUGAUGCUAGAAUGACUCUUAAAAAUUUAUGCGAAACUUGUAAAAGUAACCAAAUGUACAUGCAUAACAGGUUUAGUUAGGACUAGCUCAAGAACUCAAACGAAACUAGCUUCCAUAUAAGUUUGACUGCAGAGUGUCUACAUAUUUGAAAGAUUUCAUAAAACUCACAGGCUUAUUGAAUGUACUCAAAUGUAUAUCUGUAAUACAAUCACAUCAGAAACACUUCUGUUGAGAAGUCUCUUAAAGAGGCUCAAUUAAUUAAUACUUUCAUACAUCAUAAGUUGCUACAGCGAAGUCUCUUAAAGAGGCUCAAUUUAUUAAUACUUUCGUACAGCAGAAGUUGCUAUAGCUCCAGCACCAAAUCUACAAUACCCACAAUUGUAAGUUAGUCAAAAUGCAUAAAUAUAUUUCAAUUAGAAUGCAACGUAAAUAAUAUGAUGCUCCAUAGUAAUACUAGUAUCCAUUGAAAUAAAAAAGCUUUCUGGGGAUUUAGUUAGAAAUUUGCUGUAUGCUACAUAUUAAUAUUCAACGUUAACUUAUAUUUUGCACAUUGGUAGGGUUUGAGUAUUUACAAUCUUGUAUAUGGGCAAUAUGAAGAGAGCGGGUGUAACAAGUUUUGCUUGAAAACUUCUUUAGUUCCUGAGACAAUGUCUGUCCCUGUUGCUGAAAGAUCCACAUCAUGACAAAAAAAUGCUGGAGAAAGACUGUUUUAAAUCUCAGACUUGAACAUUACUAGUGCUACAGUGAGUGUUACAGCUUCUCCAGUACUGAACAUAGUUGGAUGUUUUACCAUGCCACAUAGGUGGAUAUCUUCUUGAUUCUUUUUACGUCAGCAAUGUUACUCUUUUAGAACUUACUAUACAUCUGAUGCUGUGUAUAGAGAAAUUGUUUUUUUAAAAAUUUAUAGGAACAUGUUUUCUGCAAGAACAGUUUUACA